CUACCCUAAAAAACCUCGACGGCUUUCUCAGGGUUUAUAUCACCUCUCUCACUUUCAAACUCCGAUUAAACUCCGGCUAGAAGCAAAUAAUUGUUGAAACCCUUAUUGUACCCGUGCUUGCAGACCCCAGCAGCAAUGGCUCAAACUCAAACCACAGAGGGAGCUUCCCAAGUCGUUAAAUCCGUUCGAUUUAGCUUCAUGACAGAACAAGAUGUCCGAAAGCAUAGUGUUCUGAAAGUUACAAAGCCCGUCUUACUCGAUAACCUUGAGAGACCUGUCCCUGGUGGUCUCUAUGAUCCUCUUAUGGGUCCGUUGGAAGAUAGAACACCUUGCAAAACAUGUGGUCAGAUGAUUCUUCUUUGCCCAGGACAUUGUGGGCAUAUCGAGCUUCUCUGUCCUGUUUACCACCCUUUGCUCUUUAAUCUUCUUUACACCUUUUUGCAAAGGACUUGUUUCUUUUGUCAUCAAUUUAUGAAAUAUAGUGAGGUUGACAUAUGUGUUUCUCAGUUGAAACUCAUCAUUAAAGGUGAUCUAGUUGCUGCUAAGCAGUUUGGUUCUCAAUACACGGAAUCAUCAGAAGAGUGUGAAGAUUCUGACACAUCAGAAGAGUGUGAAGAUUCUGACAUGGGAAAGCAGAGGUGGACAUCGCUUCAGUUUGCUGAAGUCACUGACCUCUUGAAUAAAUUUCUGAGGUUGAAAUCAGAAAUGUGUGAACAUUGCGGAGCAAAACGUUGUAAACUAGAGAAGCCUAUGUUCGGAUGGGUUCGUAAGGGGGAGAUGAAAGCGAAAGACAUUGGAGCUAAUGUAAUUCUAGGGAUUAAGGUAAAGAGCUCAGAAAACAGUGUAGAAAGUGAUGAUGACAACAGUGCUAUCGAUGAACAAUCAGAAGUUGAAGAUGGUACCAAAAGGAAAAGAGGAAAAUCUUCGGAAGCAGCUGAAGAGUUUCAAGAACACAAGAAAAUUACUAAAACAGACGUUUUGCCUAGUGAGGUCAAGAAAAUCUUAAAACGUUUGUGGGAAAAUCACCCUGAGUUUUGCUCCUUUAUUGGUGAUCUUUGGCAUAGUGGAUCUGAAAAAAAUGACUACUCUAUGUUCUUUUUGGAGAGUGUUCUUGUGCCUCCUACUAAAUUUAGACCUCCUACACAAGGAGGCGAUGGCGUUAUAAUAGAACAUGCUCAAACCGUAGGACUGAAUAAGGUCUUAGAAUCCAAUAUAGCCCUUGGGAAUGCCCUUACUAACCCAUCAGAGAAAUCUAAUAUAGUAUUCAGAUGGAUGGACCUCCAAGAAUCAGUCAAUGUCUUGUUUGAUAGCAAAACUUCAUCAGUUAAAAGCCAGAGAGAUGGCACUGGUAUCUGUCAAGUGCUGGAGAAGAAAGAGGGUCUAUUUCGGCAAAAAAUGAUGGGAAAGAGAGUGAAUCAUGCAUGCAGGUCUGUGAUAUCUCCAGAUCCUUAUAUUGCUGUCAAUGACAUUGGGAUUCCUCCUUGUUUUGCUUUGAAAUUGACCUAUCCUGAGAGGGUGACUCCUUGGAAUGUGGAAAAGUUAAGGAAGGCUAUCAUUAAUGGUCCAAACAUUCAUCCGGGAGCAACACAAUACUCUGACAAAGUAUCUACUAUUAAGCUGCCUUCUAGCAGAAAAGCACGAAAAGCAAUUGCAAACAAGUUAUUUUCCUCACGAGGAGUCACUACAGAACUUGGGAAGACUUGUGAUAUCGACUUUGAAUGUAAAACUGUCUAUCGACAUAUGGAAGAUGGUGACGUCGUCCUUGUGAAUCGUCAGCCAACAUUACAUAAACCUAGUAUAAUGGCUCAUAUAGUCCGUGUUCUUAAGGGGGAGAAGACACUUCGUCUCCACUAUGCAAAUUGCAGUACAUACAAUGCAGAUUUUGAUGGGGAUGAGAUGAAUGUGCAUUUUCCACAAGAUGAGAUUUCACGAGCUGAGGCCUACAAUAUUGUCAAUGCCAACAACCAAUAUGCCAGGCCUUCUAACGGUGAUCCACUUCGAGCUUUAAUCCAGGAUCAUAUUGUGAGUUCGGUUUUGCUCACUAAAGGGGACACGUUUUUAGACAAAGAUGAAUUCAAUCAGCUUCUUUUCAGUUCUGGCGUGACUGACACGGUGCUGCCUUCUUUUUCUGGACUAUCUGGCAAGAAAGUCACACAAUCUGCUUCUAAUGCAGAGCUGUUGACUGUCACGCCUGCUAUUUUGAAACCAGUACCUCUUUGGACUGGAAAGCAGGUCAUCACUGCAGUGUUGAAUGAGAUAACCAAAGGUCAUCCGCCUUUCAGCGUAGAGAAAUCUACAAAACUUCCUGUUGACUUCUUCAAAUUUAGAACAAGAGAAUCCAACAACAACAAGUCAUUUGAUGAAGAUAAACUGCUCAUCAGGAAAAAUGAAUUUGUCCGCGGUGUGAUUGACAAGGCUCAGUUUGCAGAUUAUGGAUUGGUUCACACAGUGCAUGAGCUCUAUGGUUCAAAUGCUGCAGGAAACCUGCUUUCUGUUUUUAGUCGUCUCUUCACUGUCUUCCUUCAGAUUCACGGUUUUACUUGUGGAGUUGAUGAUCUUAUUAUUUUGAAAGAUGUGGAUGAAGAGAGGACGAAGCAACUUCAAGAAUGUGAAGGGGUUGGUGAAAAAGUACUCCGUAAGACCUUUAGCAUCGAUGUUCAUGCUCAGAUAGAUCCUAAGGACAUGAAAUCUAGAAUUGAACGAAUUCUUUACGAGGACGGGGAAGCUGCUUUGGCGUCUUUGGACAGGAGCAUCGUCAGUGAACUCAACCAGUGCUCAGGCAAGGGGGUGAUGAACGAUUUGCUCUCUGAUGGGUUGCUUAAAACACCUGGAAGGAAUUGUAUAUCUCUGAUGACAAUCUCUGGGGCUAAGGGCAGUAAGGUUAACUUCCAACAAAUCUCUUCUCACCUAGGCCAGCAAGAUUUAGAAGGAAAAAGAGUUCCUCGAAUGGUUUCUGGGAAGACAUUACCUUGCUUCCAUCCAUGGGACUGGUCGCCUAGAGCUGGUGGUUUUAUUUGUGACAGAUUCCUUAGUGGUCUCAGGCCACAAGAGUAUUACUUUCAUUGUAUGGCCGGGCGAGAAGGGUUAGUUGAUACUGCAGUGAAGACCUCACGUAGUGGGUAUUUGCAGAGAUGCUUGAUGAAAAAUCUCGAGUCUCUGAAAGUAAACUAUGAUUGUACUGUCCGGGAUGCUGAUGGGUCCAUUAUUCAGUUCCAAUACGGUGAAGAUGGCGUGGAUGUUCAUCGGUCUAGCUUCAUUGAAAAAUUCAAAGAACUUACACUAAAUCAAGAUAUGAUCCUUGAAAGAUGCAGUGAAGACAUGCUAUCUGGAUCCAGUAGUUACAUAACUGAUCUGCCUAUUGCUCUAAAGAAGAGAGCUGAGAAGUUUGUAGAGUCAAUGCCUAUGAAUGAACGUAUCGCUUCCAAAAUGGUGAGACAAGAGGAUAUACUGAAACUGGUGAAAUCAAAAUUCUUUGCAAGUCUUGCCCAGCCAGGGGAGCCUGUAGGUGUACUCGCUGCACAAUCUGUAGGAGAGCCAUCAACACAAAUGACGUUGAAUACGUUCCAUCUUGCUGGACGUGGAGAGAUGAAUGUGACACUCGGAAUCCCACGUUUACAAGAGAUCUUGAUGACUGCUUCUAAAAACAUUAAGACACCAAUCAUGACUUGCCCUUUGCUCAAGGGUAAAACAAAGGAUGAUGCAAGUCGUAUUACUGAUAAAUUAAGGAAGAUUACAGUAGCAGAUAUUAUAAAGAGUAUGGAAGUAUCCGUUAUACCAUUCGCACUUCAUAAAAAAAGAGUUUGUAGUAUCUACAAGCUUAAGAUAAAUCUGUAUAAGCCAGAGCAUUAUCCAAAGCACACUGAUAUUACUGAUGAGGAUUGGCAAGAGACGAUGAGGGUUAGGUAUCUGAGAAAGCUGGAAGAUGCUAUAAAGAAACACAUGAAUAUGCUCUGUAGAAUCAGGGGCAUAAAGGUUAAGAAAGUCACCAGUCCAAAAGAUGGAAAUGAUACGGAGAAUGAUGAAUCUGCUAGUGGGAAGCAGACUCAAGAUGAUGAUCAUGAUGGUGAUGAUUCUGCUAGUAGAAAGAAGACUCAAGAUGAUGAUGAUGAUGAUGAUGAUGAUUCUCAAGAUGAUGAUGAUGGUGAUGGUGAUGAUGAUGAGGCUGAUGGUCUUGAUGCAGAGAAACGGAAGAAGCAAGCAGCAGCAGAUGAGCAGGACUAUGAGGAAAGUUCUGAAGAUGAGAAGAGCGAACCAUUGUCAACUAGUGGAGUAGAUGAUGACUCUGAGAUGGACAGUGAGGAUGAGAAUGAAGAAGUUAGCAAGGGAGAGACUCAGAAACCACCAAAAAAGAAGAGAGGGAGAUUUGUUAAACAUAAGAAAGACAGACAUAUCUUUGUGAAAUGCAAAGGAAAGACAUUUGAGGUCCAUUUCAAGUUUCCUUCAAAGAGGCCUCAUAUGUUACUUGCUCCGGUUGCUCAGAAAACAGCACAGAAGGUUUACAUCCAGAACUAUGGGAGAAUCGAACGGUGCACGGUAGCUAACUGUGGUGAUCCUCAAGUUGUAUACCAUGGAGACAAACCAAAGGAGAGAGAAGAAGUUUCCAACGAGGAAAAGAAAGCCUGGCCAGCUCUCCACGCAUCAGGAGUUGAUUUCUCUGAUAUCUGGGAGUUUCAAGAUAAGCUUGACGUUAGGUACUUGUACAGCAACAGCAUUCACGACAUGCUCAACACAUUUGGAGUUGAAGCAGCAAGAGAGACAAUAAUCAGGGAAAUAAACCACGUUUUCAAAUCGUACGGUAUAUCAGUAAGCAACAGACACUUGAACCUCAUUGCAGAUUACAUGACAUUUUCUGGUGGAUACCGUCCAAUGAGCCGUAUGGGAGGGAUUGCAGAAUCAACUUCUCCAUUCUGUAGGAUGACAUUUGAAACAGCCACUAAGUUUAUUGUCCAAGCAGCUACCUAUGGAGAAGUGGACUGGCUAGAAACUCCUUCUGCUAGAAUAUGUCUUGGUUUGCCUGCGCUUUCGGGAACUGGUGGCUUUGACUUGUUACAGAGAAUAGAGGUCUGAUUUGUGUGUUAAACCCUAACGUGGAGUACACGAUUUUCUAUAAUUUAAAAUAUUUUGUAGUGUUCGAAGUUUUGUUCUAGACUUUGUGCUAUUCCAUUAAUGGAAAGAUGAAUCUGCCGAUAUAUUGAGAAAAGGUUUGUGCC